AAAAAUCGCAUUAUUUACCAACAUUAUCGUUCGCCCGAAACAGUUAUAAAUAAGGAGUUUUCCUGAUUUUUCUUGUAAAAACUUAAGUAAAAUGGAUUACGUCGACAUUCAAGCGGUGGAAUCGAAACUCACGGAUGUGACAGUGACGCCGAUACCAAUGAACAAAACAACAUCCGCCCACGCACUCAACUAUUCCAAUCAUCAGCAGCAGCAUCAUCAUCAUUUUCAGGCCAAAAGCAACGCCGUACAACAGGAGCAAUUUCAGGCGCAAAACUUGUCUAGCGCCGCCUCGGCUAUCGUAACUCCGGUAACCAAUCUGAACCAAUUUCCCAACAACUCCAACGGGAAUCAGCUGACAAAGUAUGCCCAGUUACUGUUGGUUUUGGAGGAAAUGAGCCAAUCAAUACGCCCAACAUAUAGCGGAAGUAGAAGCUCGGCCGAGCGCCUCAAGCGUGGCAUCGUCCACGCUAGAAUACUGGUUCGCGAGUGCUUGCUAGAAACGGAACGAUCCGCCAGACAAUAAGGAUUCCUUCCAGAAUGAGAAAUACUUGAUUGAUUAUUGUGUAGUGGAUGGCUAGGAAGAAGACUUAAUCGAAAAUUUGGUUAAAAUCGUAUCAGAAUGAUGACACCUUUUGCAAACAAAAAAGAACAAGUACAAAAUAGCUCAAUCCCAAAUAGUACGUUGCCUAUUUACAAAAAAAUAUCAAGAGUUGGUUCUGAAUAAGACAGAGGAACAAAAUUUUCAACAGAUUUACAUAGCUACCGAACCGAAUGAUGUAUACUAACAUAAAGCCUUCACAAAAGACAUGGUUUAUACAUUACGAGCAGAACAGAGACGUUCCCCGCGACGUUAAAAGACAUUUAGGAUAAAGUUUUGUAUGAUCUGUAUUUUUCAGCAAAUAAACCACGUGUGUGUAA